AAGUAUUGGGGUGAAAAAGUAAUAAAGGAAAACUGAAAAAUCUAGGGCCAGUCUCCACUUACUUUUUUUUUCUUUUUGAGCUCCUUGACCCGAUCGAUUCUGAUUCCGGUAGUCCUCUGUCUCUCUCUCCGUGUGUAGCGUAACGUUUCAGUAUUCUAGGGUUUGUUUGAAGUUGAUCUCUUUGAAUAUUAACAAACACAAUGAGAGGAUUACUGAACAAGCUAGUCUCUCGCUCUCUAUCCGUCGCCGGAAAAUGGCAGCAGCAGCAACUCCGCCGUCUCAACAUCCACGAGUAUCAGGGAGCUGAUUUGAUGAGUAAAUAUGGAAUUAACGUACCCAAAGGAGUAGCUGCUGCCUCUAUUGAUGAGGUCAGAAAAGCAAUUCAAGAUGUUUUUCCAGAUAAAAGCGAGUUGGUCGUUAAGAGCCAAAUUUUGGCUGGUGGACGAGGCUUAGGAAAAUUUAAGAAUGGCUUUGAGGGUGGAGUUCACAUUGUUAAGGCUGACAAGGCUGUAGAGACAGCUGGUAAGAUGCUUGGCCAGAUACUUGUUACCAAGCAAACUGGUCCUCAAGGAAAAGUUGUCAGCAAGGUUUACCUUUGUGAAAAGUUAUCACUUGUCAAUGAGAUGUACUUCGCUAUCAUGUUGGAUCGUCAGACUGCUGGCCCACUAAUCAUUGCCUGUAAAAAGGGGGGAACUAGUAUUGAAGACCUUGCAGAGAAAUUCCCCGACUUGAUUAUUAAGGUGCCUAUUGAUGUAUUUAAAGGAAUUACUGAUGAAGAUGCCGCAAAAGUUGUUGAUGGUUUAGCUCCAAAGGUGGCUGAUAGGAAUGAUUCCAUUGAACAAGUGAAGAAAUUAUAUAAGCUCUUUUGCGAGUGCGAUUGCACAUUGUUGGAAAUCAAUCCCAUGGCGGAGACUGCUGAUAACCAGUUGGUAGCUGCUGAUGCCAAGUUGAACUUUGAUGAUAAUGCUGCUUUUCGUCAGAAGGAGCUAUUCAAACUCCGUGAUCCAACCCAGGAAGAUCCUAGAGAGGUGGCUGCUGCCAAGGCAGAUUUGAAUUAUAUUGGCUUAGAUGGAGAAAUUGGUUGCAUGGUGAAUGGUGCUGGAUUAGCAAUGGCUACUAUGGAUAUAAUUAAAUUGCAUGGGGGAACUCCUGCCAAUUUCCUAGAUGUUGGUGGUAAUGCCUCUGAAGGGCAGGUGGUUGAGGCAUUUAAAAUAUUGACUUCAGAUGACAAGGUUAAAGCAAUUUUAGUGAACAUAUUUGGAGGGAUAAUGAAAUGUGAUGUGAUAGCGAGCGGAAUUGUUAAUGCAGCCAAACAGGUUGCACUAAAAGUACCAGUGGUGGUUCGUCUUGAAGGCACUAAUGUUGACCAAGGGAAGAGAAUUCUCAAGGAAAGUGGAAUGACGUUAAUUACAGCAGAAGACUUAGAUGAUGCUGCAGAAAAAGCAGUAAAAGCAGCAUCUGGUUGAGAAACUUACCACACCCAGGUUGUGGUCCUCGGUUCCGAUGAAUCAAAAGUAAUCAAUCUUCACAAUAACACAGCAGAAAUGGGGGAGUUGCCCUCGGAAUAUUUAUUUUUUCCUUUCAUCUCUACACAUUGAGCUUUUGUGUUAAGGAAAUUUAUGGUGGUCUCUUUUUAUGUUUUUUAGUUAUGAGCGAACCCCAGCUUUCUUGUCGAGGGGCACCAUGCUUCCACCAUUUUUCUGUCUUGCAAGGAAAGAUGCUAAUGAUAAAGUUGACAGUUUUGUUAAGAAUUAACUCUUCCUUGGGAAUAGCAAUGAUUUGCAUAUUUUAUGCCAUGGGUUGUUCAUGGUAAUACUUUGUUUA